AAGCCGGGAGCAUGGACAUCCUCUGUAUUCUGCUUUUCGCAGAAAGCUUGAUCUGGUUCUCGGGCUUCUCGGUCGCAGUUGACACAGUAUAUGCAUCUCAAUCAAUCAGUGAUGGGGAGACACUAGUUUCGAGUGGCGGAACCUUCGAAUUGGGAUUUUUCAGUCCAGGUAAUCUCACGGAUCGGUACUUGGGAAUUUGGUAUAAGAAUGUCCCUGUGCGAACCGUUGUCUGGGUUGCAAACAGAAGCCAGCCAAUCCAUGACUCUUCAGGCACGUUGAUGGUUGUCAGCACAGGCAAUCUGGUCCUCCUCAACCAGAACAGGAGCGUCGUUUGGUCAACUAACUCUACCAAACGGGCCCAAACUCCAGUUUUACAGCUCUUGGAUAGCGGAAAUCUUGUGCUGAGAGAUGAUGGAAAUGACAGUCCGGAUACUUAUUUAUGGCAAAGCUUUGAUUACCCAUCGGACACACUUUUGCCGGGCUUGAAGAUUGGAUGGGAUGCAAAUAGCAGUCUAGAACGGCACUUAACUUCUUGGAAGAGCCCCGAUGACCCGUCUCCUGGAGAUUUCACUUGGGGGAUGGAGAGAAGUAACUACCCUGAGCUCGUAGUAUGGAAGGGAUCAAGUAAGUACGUCAGAAGUGGACCUUGGAAUGGACUCCGUUUCAGCGGCGCACCACAGUCAGGAUCCAAUCCUGUCAUUUCAUACGAGUUCAUAAACAACGGAACUGAGGCGUACCAUACAUUCACUGUGGAGAACAAAUCUGAGCUCGUUAGGCUUGUUGUGAAUCAAACUACCUAUCGAGGGGAACUCUCCACUUGGAAUGAAGAUUCUCAAAGCUGGAUGCUCAUCCUUUCAGUUCCGAAGGACUAUUGUGACAAUUAUGGCCUUUGUGGUGCCUAUAGCAAAUGCUUGACUGAUAAGUUGCCGUAUUGCCAGUGCCUGAAAGGAUUUUCGCCCAGGUAUCCGGACAAGUGGAACUCAAAUGAUUGGUCACAAGGAUGUGCCAGGGAUAAGCUUUUGGGUUGCAAUGAUGGUGAUGGAUUUAUUAAACACACUCAGAUGAAAUUGCCAGCUACAACAAAUACUUGGCUGGAUGGCAGCUUAAGCCUCAAGGACUGCAGAACGAGAUGCUUGAAGAACUGUUCAUGUACAGCUUAUUCAAACUCAGAUAUUAGAGGGAAAGGAAGCGGUUGCGUGUUGUGGUUUGGCGAUCUUAUUGAUAUGAGACAGUUUCCAAGUGGCGGCCAAGACAUAUACAUUCGGAUGUCAGCUUUGGAAAUAGAUUCCUUUCCGAUCGAGAAGAGAAAGCUGGUCGCCACUGCUGUAGCUUCAGCCAUUUCUGGCUUGCUGUUGCUGGGCAUUACCCUUGGGAUAACAAUCUGGAAGAGAGGAAUGAAAAUAGGAGGCUUGAGGAAUGACAUUGACGUACCGCUUUUCGAUCUUAAUACCAUUACUGUUGCUACUAACAAUUUCGCUCAGAGAAAUUUGAUCGGAGCUGGAGGCUUUGGUUCAGUCUACAAGGGAAAUCUUUCCACAGAUCAAGAAAUAGCAGUGAAAAGGUUGUCAAAGGAUUCUGGGCAAGGACUUGAAGAGUUUAGCAAUGAAGUAGCUUUGAUUGCCAGACUUCAGCACAGGAAUCUCGUCAGCCUUCUUGGCUGCUGCAUCGACAGAGGCGAAAGAAUGUUGAUUUACGAAUACAUGCCAAAUAAAAGCUUGAAUAACUUUAUCUUUGAUCACGACAACCGCAUCUUGUUGGCAUGGGAUAGGCGCUUUGAGAUUAUUAUUGGAAUUGCACGUGGAAUUCUUUAUCUCCACCAAGAUUCGAAGCUUCAAGUCGUCCAUAGAGACCUUAAAACAAGCAACAUUUUACUGGAUGCCAACCUGAAUCCCAAGAUUUCCGAUUUCGGAUUAGCAAGAAUUUUUGGAGGUGAUAAAAAAGAAGCAAGAACAAGAAGAAUAAUCGGAACUUAG